AUGCCCCCACUAAACUCUUUGUCCCCCAAUUCUUUCCUAUCUCUGGCUCCUCCCCUGGCCACGCCCCUGCCCCGCCCACUUCCUGAGCCUCGCCGGCCACCGUCGCCGCCUCUCGCUCCCGCCAAGAUUCAAACGGAGGCAGCUGCGCAGGGACUGGGCGGUGUCCGGCUCUCCCAGGUGGGGGGGAAGAUCGAAGGAGGCGCGGGGGGGGGGGCGGGGGUCGCAGAGGGAGGGGGCGUCGGGCGUCACCCCCCAGCUUCAAAUAAAGUGCCUGGGAGGAAAAGCGACCCCAGGAUGUCGGCCCCCCAGUUCCCAAGGAAGGGGGUUGAUGAUGGGGGGGGGUCCUUGGAUUGCGCAGGGCCUUGGGGGGCUCGCAAACCCUGGCCCCUAACUGUCCCCCCAUCCUCCCCUAACUGUCCCCCCAUCCUCCCCUAACUGCCCCCCAGAUCCUCCCCUAAGUGUCCCCCCAUCCUCCCCUAACUGCCCCCCAGAUCCUCCCCUAACUGCCCCCCAGAUCCUCCCCUAACUGCCCCCCCAGAUCCUCCCCAACUGUCUACCCCAGAUCCUCCCCUGUCCCCCCAGCUCCUCCCCUAACUGCCCCCCAGAUCCUCCCCUAACUGUCCCCCCAUCCUCCCUUAACUGUCCCCCCCAGAUCCUCCCCAACUGUCUCCCCCAGAUCCUCCCCUGUCCCCCCAGCUCCUCCCCUAACUGCCCCCCAGAUCCUCCCCUAACUGCCCCCAGAUCCUCUCCUAACUGCCCCCCCAGAUCCUCCCCUAACUGCCCCCCAGAUCCUCCCCAACUGUCUACCCCAGAUCCUCCCCUGUCCCCCCAGAUCCUUCCCUGUCCCCCCAUCCUCCCCAACUGUCUACCCCAGAUCCUCCCCAACUGUCUACCCCAGCUCCUCCCCUGUCCCCCCAUCCUCCCUUAACUGUCCCCCCCAGAUCCUCCCCAACUGUCUCCCCCAGAUCCUCCCCUGUCCCCCCCCAGCUCCUCCCCUAACUGCCCCCCAGAUCCUCUCCUAACUGCCCCCCCCAGCUCCUCCCCUAACUGCCCCCCCAGCUCCUCCCAAACCUCCCCCGCAGCUUUUUAUUUUGGAGGUUGCAAAGGACCCUGGCUGGGGACGCGGUUCGUUUAAGGAUUUCCUCCCAGCCCCCGUCGAAAUUAGAAACCUAGAAGAGGCGCCCUCCCCGGGACGUGGCACUUCAGGGGGAGUUUUUCUUAGGAUUGGGGGGUCAUGGUGGUCAUGUAUGGGGAAGUGGGGUGCAGUGGGUUUGCGACAGCCCCAGUCCCUACCACAAAAAGGUAAAGGGACCCCUGACCAUUAGGUCCCGUCGUGGCCGACUCUGGGGUUGCGGCGCUCAUUGUGCUUUAUUGGCCAAGGAAGCUGGCAUACAGCUUCCGGGUCAUGUGGCCAGCAGGACUAAGCCGCUUCUGGCGAACCAGAGCAGCGCAUGGAAACGCCAUUUACCUUCCCGCCGGAGCGGUACCUAUUUAUCUACUUGCACUUUGACGUGCUUUCAAACUGCUAGGUGGGCAGGAGCAGGGACCGAGCAACGGGAGCUCACCCUGUUGCGGGGAUUCAAACUCCCGACCUUCUGAUCGGAAAGCCCAAGAGGCUCAGUGGUUUAACCUACAGUGCCACCCGCGUCCCAUAGCUGUCAACUUUUCCCUUUUCUUGCGAGGAAUCCUAUUCGGAAUAAGGGAAUUUCCCUUUGAAAAAGGGAAACGUUGACAGCUAUGGUCCCUACACACCUACACCCCGAAUGCUCCCCAAACUCCCCCCCCUUUAUUUUUAUGAUUGAAAGUUGUUUAAAACUGCUUUUAACGUGGGGUUUUAAGUGCCCUAAACCAUCCUGGGAACUUAGGGUUGAACGGUGGGUAGAUAUUGGCGAUGAUAACAACCGUGGGGAGAGCAAUAGGGACUGUAAUAACUCUUCUCUCUCUCCCAACAGAAUAAUUCUCAGCCAUGGAUGCACAAACUGCUUUCAAGACCCCUAGCAAGCCUCCUGGGGGGAAGAGAUCAGGUGAGGCUGUGCUUUGUCAACGUGUGUUAGGGAGUGUUACAGGCAAAAUUGGGUGCUCGUUUUAACUAUAAAUGUUUCCCUCUAUAAUAAAUAACAAGAGGAAAGAUUAAAAAAAAAAAACCUUUAUAAAAAGAUGAUCCAAAAAGAACUCCCUUAAGAGAAUCAAGUCUUUUUGCCUGAAGACAGUCUUUAAAAGAAUCUUUAAGCAUCUUUAUAGAUGUUUCCCUCUGUGUUACAGAUGGGGAAUCUGUGGCCCAGAAUCUCUGAGCACUGGCCACAUAAUAAUAAUAAUAAUAAUAAUAAUAAUAAUAAUAAUAAUAAUAAUAGUUUAUUAUUUAUACCCUGCCCAUGUGGCUGGGUUUCCCCAGCCGCUCUGGGCAGCUUCCAACUGAAUAUUAAAAAUACAAUACAGCAUCAGACAUUAAAAACUUCCCUAAACAGGGCCGCCUUCAGUUGUCUUUUAAAAGUAAAAUACAGUGGUACCUCAGGUUACAGACGCUUCAUGUUACAGACUCCGCUAACCCAGAAAUAGUACCUCAGGUUAAGAACUUUGCUUCAGGAUGAGAACAGAAAUCACGGCAGCAGGAGGCCCCAUUAGCUAAAUUGGUGCUUCAGGUUAAAAACAGUUUCAGGUUAAGAACAGACCUCCAGAACGAAUUAAGUUCUUAACCUGAGCUACCACUGUAGUUGUUUAUUGUCUUGACAUCUGGUGGGAGGGUAUUCCACAGGGCAGGCGCCACCACCGAGAAGGCCCUCUGCCUGGUUCCCUAUAACUUGGCUUCUUGCAGAAGGCCCUCGGAGCUGGACCUCAGUGUCCGGGCAGAACGAUGGGGGUGGAGAGGCUCCUUUAGGUAUACAGGACCAAGGCCGUUGGCGUGGAUUCAUGGGAUUUGGCAUCCAACCACAUCUUGAGGGCCACAGAGCCCCCAUCCCUGCUAUAGCUAAAUCUCCCUGGCAGAAGCAGAUGAGAGGUUUUUGUUUUGCUCCCACUGCUUUUCUCCUCCAGGGCAGUGAGUGAAUGGUCUCUAAAUAUUGGGACUACAGGUCCCAUCAUGCCUCCCCAUUGGCCAUAGUGGGUGGGGCAGGUGGAGGCUGAAGUGGAGACUAUUUGAGGGCACAAGUUUGGGGAAAGCUGGUUAGAAGGAUUCAAAUGGAGUCUUGCCAUACCCUGCUCUGUUUGAAAAACUUGUAGCAGGAGGGGGUUUGCCAUCCUUAAGAAGGGGAAGAACGUCUCAGGUGUGUUACUCUUCCGCUGUAUAUGGAAAACACAUGGGGUGGCGAUCUUUCUAUUUCAAAAAUUUUCUUUUGUUUUGUUUUCACAACAUUAUAAACAAACAAACACAUAAGACAAACAAACAUAAAUCAUAGCCUUAUUAAAAAUUACACUUAUUCACAUUGUUAAGUGACUUCCUCGCAUCCCCUUGGUUGAAUUUCAUUGCAUAUCCUUUUAACGGUUUUCCAAAUCACAGUUCUUAUAAAAUUUAACUUAAACAUUAACACCCUUAAAUCUUCACAUUAUGAAAUUAUACAUAUUAAUUCAUCACUUAACAUAAAUAAAAUCCUAAGCCAAUUAAGUAUCUGCAAGCUGUUUUCAGUUAAUUUAACUUAACAUAUUUAACUAAGUAAUCAUUAAAUUUAAUCCACUCUUCCUGAUACUCCUCCUCCUUCCGGUUGCGGACUCUUCCGGUCAGGUCGGCUAGCUCCGAAAAAUCCAUCAUCUUCAUCUGCCAUUCUUCUAUCGUUGGUAAUUCUUGGGUUUUCCACUUUUUACAUGGGGUGGCGAUCUUUCUUGCAUGUCUAAUAACAAAAGCAACAUCUCUGUUUUUGCAAAUACAGGGCAGAGUGGCUCUUCACCCUCAAUAG